CACAACUAUAAUUUUUUAAGGAAUUAAAAAAUUUUGGGUCUUUUUCUAAGGGCCUUCGACUUUCUAUGGAUUAUUUAUUAACUUUUUUGAUUUUUUUCGAGGACUAUUUUCCCAAAGACCCUUAAAACUGCCUUUUUGAUUUUUUAAAUAAUUUAUUUACGUCUCUCCAGUCCUUUUCAUAUCCCAAUGUUUUGGCUUAUUGCCCGUCUCAAAUCUGUGGCAAAAAAAUGUCAACAAGCUGAAAUUCAAAUGGGUGAGCAUACCGAGCAUAUACUCAGGAGUGAUCCUUGUUUUGGACAUCAUGGAAUUUGGUGUGGUUAUAUACUACAUAUGGCAGACGGGGGUGAAUUUUCAUACCUCUGGUACCGUCUCUCUUUUCUUCGUCUGCAUUUGGGAGCACAUCAUCUUCUGGCGUCUGGCAUUGAAGUGGCCCAAGCUGAUGCGCCAGUGGCGCCAAGUGGAGGAGCUAUUCCUGCAGGUACCCUAUCAGCUGUAUGUGACAUUCAAUAUGAAAUUUUGGAUAUGGUUUUGGUAUUUGCUCAUCAUGUUUGGUGGUAGUUGUGAACAUGUAUUGCUGGUUUUCAAUUCAUUUCAAAAAAGUGAUUUGGAGCGAAGGCAAUGUAAUUUGAAUGUCAGCUAUUGGGAGACGUUGUAUGGGCGCGAGAGGCCCCAUCUUAGUAUGGUGAUACCAUUUCAAUAUUGGACCCUGCCCAUAUAUGAGUGGCUCAAUUUAACCCUGGCAUAUCCUCGCUCAUUUACCGAUGUUUUCAUUAUAAUUAUCAGCAUUGGUUUGGCGGCCCGAUUUCGUCAACUCCACCUUCGCAUGAAGGCGGUGCAAGGAAAGCCCAUGCCGGCCAUAUUUUGGCUGGAAACUCGUGAACAUUAUCUGGUGCUGAGGAAACUUUUGCGGCUUGUCAACAAUGAGCUAUCCGCCCUGAUUUUGUUGGCCAGUGCCAAUAACAUGUACUUCAUAUGUUUUCAUUUAUUCAAUAGUUUUGUCAACAUUGGUGUCGAUUGGGUAGCUGAAAUGGCCUUUUGGUUCUCUUUGCUCUACAACAUAGUUCGGACCCUGCUCACCCUCUAUCUGGCAUCGUUGGUCAAUGAGUAUACGAAAAAAAUUGUAUCCUGUUUACGUGACGUCCCCUCCAGGAGCUGGUGUGUGGAGACUCAGCGAUUUAGCCAACAACUAUCGGUGGAUGUUACAGCCUUUACAGCGGCGGGGUUCUUCUCAUUGACACGAGGCCUAAUAUUGGGGAUGGCCGGCACUGUUGUCACCUAUCAACUGAUGGUCACCGAUGUCAUCAAUGAGGGCUCCAUCAAGCAGGUCACCGAUUAUUGUGAGAAAUACGAACACAUUGAGGAUAAUUUUGAUUUGUACAAUGAACAAAGUGUCGAAUGA